AUGCGCAGUUCCAAGAAUGUCACGCCUAAGUCCUGGGACGCCGUCGAGAGCCAAGUCUAUAUCUCGUGGGCCAUUCACGCUCCAGCCGUCUCAGAUUCCUAUCCCAUUGCUUCUCGCUGGUACAUGCCACGCCUGAUCAAGCACUUUGUCGAAUGUCACAAUGCUACACGCGUGCCAAUUAACGAUAGAUCUAGCUCCUAUAAAUUGCAGACUACCUGGAUGAGAGGUGCAAUGAGCGACCCGUGCUUGUUCCACGCAACUCUCUUCACCGGCUCCUCCAAUUUCGAUCUCCGCCGUGGAGUACAGCAGAGUACGAUUACCCUGUAUCAUUACAAUGAACUGAUCAAAUCGGUCAAGAAGCGUCUAUCGGACCCGAGCACAGCACUAGACGACCGCACGAUAGCGGCAAUCACACCGCUGGCACUCUUCGCUGUCCUCACCGGAGAUAGAGCUUCUGCUGAGGUACACCGAGCUGGUCUGGCGAAGAUCGUCCAGCUAAGGGGGGGUAUGGACAAACUAGGCCUGGAAGGACUAACGGCAUCUCUCAUCCACGUGAACGGUGUUAUUUCAGAUAUCGUCUUUGACACGGAUUCAAGACCUCUACCGCACUGCGCCCCAAUGCCACCAUCCGGCCUCGAGGAACGAGUUCUCAGUACACUUAUCAGUCGGUCUGCACCGGAUAUCCCCGGUCGCUCCAUCCAGGCCUUGUUCCAAUACAUCCAGAAGCUCAAACUUCAGCUUCUAGCCCAUCGAUCAAUAGGCGAUUGGGACUACAACGCGACACAAGACGAUAGCAUGCCACUUCCAACGAGCGAUGAUCCCGUGUGUCACUGUUGUUCCUUAGCGUUCCGAAUUUUCCACGCUAUCAUAACCGGCGGGGCUAAUACGAGCAACCUUGCCGAAUACCUAGAUGCCACAGCCAGCGACCUACGCGACGUGCUGGCCUUGACCGAAGACGAUGUAUGGAUGCGACACUUCCCCGUGGUUCUCACAUGGGCAUGUAUCACUGGCGCCGCCGCCGCCAGCGAUUCACAAGUACGAGCAUGGUUCUACUUCAGGGCAGCAGCUGCGGUGGGGAUGCUCGAUGAUGCCGGCGAUUUGGCUUUUCACAAAGACCUGUCUUCACACUUCCACUGGCUUCGAUCCCUGCGACGGGAAGUCCUUCAAUCGAACCAGCAAGCGCUGUAA